AUGACCGUCUACUCGUGAGCAGCUCUCUCACCACCUCAGACCCCCGCGCUGCCCUUCCCACUCCCCACCUCCCACUUCCAUUCGCAAGCUAACCUCCCCCACCCGUUCCCUCCCGCAGUCUCUACAUCUACGACCGCCAAUGCAGCUGCGUAUUCUAUCACGCAUUCCCGGGCCACACGCCCCCACCUCGACUAGGCCACUCGACCUUACCCAACGUGUUCCCUGCCCACACUGCGGGGGCAAGCUCGAGUUCGGGCGUGCAUGGGGUGAAUGGAAGUACCACGAGCACAUCGAUCGAUGGGAGAGCCACGACAACUGCUUCAGGCUCGGGAUCGGGAUCGGGUUCUGUUCGGCCACCUUGGGAAAGAGGGGAACCCACCCGGCCGAACGAGGACGAUCCGAAUGCAGGUGGGGACGGCACAGCAGCUGCAGCUGCUGCAGCAGAAGCGACUCGACUCGCCGCAUCAGCCGCUUUACCCUUUGAUGAAGAGGCCAAGCUCGUGUAUGGGAUCGUCUUUUCGCUUCGAAACCUCGUCAACAAGUUGUCGCCCUCGGGAAGGUGAGUCCUCUUGCCGAAAACCCUGGUCCGACUAACCCUCUGAUACCUCCUCCUUUGUCUCUUCCCAACGACCACCCAAAGGGACUCCUCCGACUCGUUCCAUUCCUACUCGACCUCGCUCUACAAACUGCACUACCUUCAUACCCCCUCAAACUACCACUUUGUCCUCGUCUCUUCACCGCGUCAAGAUUCCCUCCGACCACAACUUCGGGCUUUGUAUCAAGGCGCGUUUUGGGAAUGGGUCAUUAGGAACCCGAUGGUCGAAUUGGAUUCGACCAAGGGGACGGGAAUUGAUAAUGUCGCUUUUAGGAGUGCGGUCGAGAGGACGUUGGAGAGUGUUUGA